AUGAGACGUCCCACAAGUGUAGCAUCUGAUUAUGAUUUUAUUUUCAAAAUAGUUGUUAUAGGAGAUAGUUCUGUUGGAAAGAGUAAUCUUUUAUUACGUUUUACUCGUAAUGAAUUUCGUCUUGAUACACAAUCAACUAUUGGAGUAGAAUUUGCUAAUAGACAAGUUAUUGUUGAUGGGAAAAGAAUUAAAACUCAAGUUUGGGAUACAGCAGGUCAAGAACGUUUUAAAACAGUUAUACCACAAUUCUAUCGUGGUAGUGAAGGUGCUUUAGUUGUAUUUGAUUUAACUAAAUGGGAUACAUUUGAACAUGUAUCAACUUGGGUUGAAGAAGUUUAUCGACAUACACCAGCUGAUCUACCAAUUGUUCUCGUUGGAAAUAAAUCAGAUCUAAUAGAACAACGUAGAGUAUCACGUGAACAAGCAACAGCUCUUGCUGAACAACUUAAUCUAUCAUAUAUGGAAACAUCAGCAUUGGAUGCAACGAAUGUUGAAGCAGCAUUUAUUUUACUUGUUUCAAGUAUUUAUGAGAAGAGAAAACCUUUACAAAUAGAAUCAUCCUUAUCAAUAACUGAACGAACAUUAACAGUCCUAGCAUCAGAUGAUCAUUCCAAUGCGCAAACGAUUCCUAUUACAUCAGAGACAACAGAUGACCUUGAUAAACCAAUUCGUCCUUCAGGUAAAGAAAAGAAAUCGUCUCAGAAGAAAAGUGGUUGUUGUGUGAUUUCAUAAUAAUAUCCAAUAGUUAUAUUUUUUUUGUUGAUGAAUAAAUAAAAAAAUACACGAGAAAAUUUUUAUUUUUUGAAAUUAUAUCAGAUAUUUUUAGUACAAUAUGUGAUUUAAAUUAUAAAAACAAUUGCGCAGUAAUACUAGUUCAGAAAGUAUAUAAUUCUAUUUUUGUUCUUAUUUAUCUCAUAUAUUUUCCACUUGGCUACGAUUUUAUACUU